CACAAAAUCGCACGUCACCGGGAACCACACAGAGAAACGCUCUUUCACGACAACAUCACGAACUGUCAGGCCGGGGACAGACAGCAUAAAACGACCAAGCGAACUAUUGAGCAGGACAAAAACAAGGGCGGGCCGCAGUGCGCGUCCGAGGCCUCAAGGCUUGAAGCUUAGAAUCCUCUUGACACACCAGCUACACCGCACAUAUAUAAGGAUAGCAUAUUGCCCGAGCUGAAAUGCUGCUGCCCAAUCCUAAUGCCAGGCGGGCAGCGUGCGCUUAGUAGCUUAGAGCGAGACGCCGUCUUGCUUGGCGACCAUCUUGAUCAGGUCGACGACGCGGCAAGAGUACCCCCACUCGUUGUCGUACCAGGCCACAAGCUUCACAAACUGCGGGUUGAGAGCAAUGCCGGCGCCUGCGUCGAAGAUGGUGGAGCGCGGGUCGGACACAAAGUCCUGGGAGACCAUGGGGAGUUCCGUGUAGCCGAUCACGCCCUUGUGGGUGGUCUCGGAGGCCUUCUUGAUGGCCGCGCAGAUGGCCUCGUAGGUUGUGGGCUUGGAGAGACGGGCCGUGAGGUCAACCACGGACACGUCGGGCGUGGGCACGCGAAAGGCCAUGCCGGUGAGCUUGCCCUUAAGGGAGGGGAUGACCUUGGUCACGGCCUUGGCGGCGCCGGUGGAGGAGGGAAUGAUGUUGACCGAGGCCGCACGUCCGCCGCGCCAGUCCUUCUUGGAGGAGCCGUCCACAACCAUCUGGGUGGCCGUGAAGGAGUGCACGGUGGUCAUGAGUGCCUCCUCGAUGCCGAACUCGUCGUUGACAACCUUGACGAUGGGAGCAAGGCCGUUGGUCGUGCAGGAGGCGCAGGACAGGAUAUCCGCACCCUUGUAGUCGACCUCGUUCACGCCCAUGACAAUGACCUGGGAGUCGUCCUUGGCCGGCGCGGACAUGACCACCUUCUUGGCGCCGCCAUCCAGAUGCACCUGGCACGUGUCCUUAGUCAAAAAGGCCCCCGUGGACUCGCACAGGUAGCUGGCGCCCAGCUUGCCCCAGCCGAUCUCCUCGGGCUUGCGAGUGUGGGUGGUCUUGAUGCGGUGGCCGUCGAUGAUGAUGUCGUCGCCCUCCACGUCCACCUUCCCGUCGAAGCGCCCGUGCACGGAGUCGUACUUGAACUGGUAUGCCAUGUACUCGGCGUCGGCGCCCGUGUUGAUGGCGACAAGGUUGCACUGCGGGUCCUUGACGGCAAUGCGAGCCACCAAGCGACCAAUGCGUCCGAAGCCGUUGAUGCCCAUGGGGACCGCCAUGUGCACGUCGUUGGUGCGUGCGUGCUGCACCGCGUUGAGCUUGAAGGAGGGAGUCACGAAGGCGGAGGCGGAGCCGGCCAGGGCCAGGGCACCGAUGAGGGUGGAUUGCACGGGGGCCAUCUUAUCUGCUGAGCGUGAAAAGUAAGCUGU